UAAAAUUUUUCCGCACAUUGAAGAUUUCGUCGCCGGUGAUUUCCCGUCGUGAUCCUAGUCGGAGUAAUCAAACUCAUCUCUCAUCUCACCUGCAUCUUCCGCCGCCGGCGACGGUGGCAGCUGCUCAAGCGCCGAGCUGAUAGUUUCAACACCAGUUCCUCUUCACUCGGAGGCGAUUUACAGCAGCAAACCUCAAAUUAGAACUGAAAAUGCUCAGAAGAACCACACUGCACUUUACUUCCAAGAUUACACUUUUCUCACUUCCAAAACUCCACUUUUCAACCCUUUCUUCUUCAUCUUCCCCCUUUUACCAAAACCCCAAAAAAAUCCUUUCUCAAUCAGAUAUCAAGAACCUCGUUUUCUCUCAGUAUCACCAUGGAAAGUUUCACAACCUCCUUCAAAACGUUGUCGCUUUACCCUCUUUCCUCCUCACAGCUUGCCACAAUCUCAAACCAAAUGACAAUAAUACCCUCACUCUUGAUUCUGUCUCAACUCAUUUUUUCUCACUUCAAGAACUCUCCUAUCACCUCUCUACAAAUCAAUUUGAUGUCAAUGUUUGCGGCUUUACUAUCCCUCCAUCUUCAGUUAAAGGUAAACCACUUGUGCUUCCUAAUUUGAAGCUUAAAGUAGUUAUUGAAGCUAUAAGAAUGAUUCUUGAAUCUAUAUAUGAUGAUAGAUUUGUGACAUUUUGUUAUGGUGGACGUGUUAAUAUGGGAAGGCAUACCGCUAUUCGUUACCUUAAGAACUCUGUUGAGAACCCCAGUUGGUGGUUUACUGUUUGUUUGAAUACUGCAAAGUUUGAAAAUAAGCAUGUUGAUAGGUUGUGUAGGGUUAUGGAAGAGAAAAUUAGUGAUGAGGCAUUGAUUGGUUUGAUAAAAGUGUUAUUUGAAUCUGAAAUAGUGAGUAUUCAAUUGGGUGGUUGUUGUUUAGGUAGAGGGUUUCCUCAAGAAUGUGGGUUGAGUUCAAUUUUGAUUAACAUUUACUUUAAUAGUUUCGAUAAGGAGAUUCAAGAACUACGGCUUAAAACGAGUCGGGAGAAUCCGAGAGUUGAUGAUAAUGACCUUGCUGAGGGAUAUCAGAGGAAUGCUUUCUAUAAGCCGUUGAAGAUAUAUGCAGUUAGGUAUUUGGAUGAGAUAUUGGUCAUCACGUCGGGGACAAAGAUGAUGACUUUGGAUUUGAAGAGUAGGCUUGUGCAGAUUCUUGAGAGAGAUAUGGAAUUCGGUAUUGAUAAGGUUAAGACUGUUAUUCAUAGUGCUACUUCUGAGAAGAUAGAAUUUUUGGGGAUGGAGCUUCAGGCAGUUAAGCCGUCUGUCUUGCACCCACCAAUGUCACAAAAGGCGAUUAGGGCGAGGAAGAAGUACCUCCGGCAGAAAGAAGUUAGAGCUUUGGAGUUGAGAAAUGCUAAAGAGAGUAAUAGGAAGAAAUUGGGAAUGAAGAUAUUCAGUCAUGUAUUUAAGAAAAUGAAGCGGGCCAAUGGUUUCAAAACUGAUUUCCAGAUUGAGAGCGAAGUCAACCAAAUCUUUGAUUCUUGGGCUGAAGAGGUAAUGCAAGACUUUUUGGAAUCUGUCGAUGAUCGUUGGGAAUGGCACCGGAUGCUCUCAGCUGGUGACUUCCUUUCUUUGAAAAGGAUCAGAGAUCAACUGCCCCUUGAACUCGUAGAUGCUUAUGACAACUUUCAAGAGCAAGUUGACAGGUACUUAAAUCCCAUCAAAGCAAAAAGGAUGUUAGAGGAACAAGUAAAGAUAGCAGAGGAAGAAGAGGAGCGGAAAUACUCUGAUCAAACGGUGGCAGAUCUGACAAAGUUAUGCAUAAAAGUUGAGGCGCCCUUAGAAAUUGUUAAGAAGGCAGUCAAACUGAUUGGAUUUACAAAUCAUAUGGGCCGUCCUAGGCCGAUUAGUUUACUUAUGGUUCUUGAAGAUGCUGAUAUCAUCAAGUGGUAUGCUGGUAUUGGGAGAAGGUGGCUUGAUUUCUUUUGCUGCUGCCACAACUUCAGAAAGUUGAAGAUUAUAGUAUCUUAUCAUUUAAGAUUCUCGUGCAUCUUGACUUUAGCAGAGAAGCAUGAGUCCUCAAAGAAGGAAGCAAUCAGACAUUACACCAAGGAUCUGAAAGUUUCUGAUGUUGAUGGGGUCGAAGAAAUGUAUUUUCCCACAGAAAGGGAAGUCAAAAUGAUGGGAGAUAAUGAUCUCAUUGAUCCAAAUCCUGUGGAUGGUUCUCUGGGGAUGACAUUGAUUAGAUUAGCUUCUGAUGAGCCCUCUUACUGUUGUGCUGCUCAUUUUUGUGACAGAAGAGAUACUAUUGUCUACCGAAUUAGGUUACUUCAGAAUCUUCUUAAUUUGGAUUUGUUUGAUCGAAGUAAGUGGGUUCCAGGAAUGGGUGCUAUACACGAGAAUCUGAAUAAGAGAUGCAUCCCUUUAUGCUCUGACCAUAUUAGUGAAUUGUACUUAGGUAGACUAACUUUGCAAGACACUGAUUAUGCUUCUCUUUUGCAUGUGGAUUAGUUGAUGUCCGACAUUAUUGUCGGAGUGACAUCAAAACUGCUGUAAAUUACUAAGAAACAUACCCGGUGUACUCAACCACAGCUUGUAUAUCCAUAUUUGAGAUGUGGUCUUUUUGUUGUGAGAGCCAUCCUGCUUAUAGUACAAUUUGUUUCAGAAAACCAUGGUCAGUUAUGCAAAGCAUCAGCUAUUGAGAAAAGCUGAAGAGUUUUCCAGAAUCUGUAGUGGAAGCAAUAAUCCUUUUGAUUGGAUUACUGCUGGAGGUUAUGCCACAUGCAUAAAAGAUGUCUGUGAAAACACAAUUUGGCCUCCCUGUACCACCAAUCAUGGCUAUCUAAAAAUAGAUGAUAUGAAGACUAUGAGAGUAUGCUUUCUGAAAGGAGUACACCAUUGUUGUGUCUAAGAUCUUGGCGCCUGAUAUGUUUAAGAAAUCCUCAAUGCAAGAAGUAAGAAGUAUUGUUGAUGAAAGAUCAGUCAUGAAUACUUUCUCGAGUCAAGAAGUAAUAGAAACAUCUCAUCAUUCCAUCAACUUCCUGUUGAGUGGUUGCUUGAGAGAUCAAAGUACCGAACAGCUUAUUGAGUGUCAGCAGUAUUGCCAUGUUCCAUUUUGAGUGAAAGCAUCCCGUACACCAGUGCCAAUGGAACGGGUGAGAGUUCUGGAUCAUAUUCUUAUUCGAAGUACAAAGUUGUGAAACCAGCAAGCAUAGUUCGAUUAGACAUUUCAGCAGCAUGAGAAGUUGGCCGUGCAAAACUUUAGAAAGAAGCAAAAAUUGGUAAGCCAAGGAGAUCACACAGUGUCUAACAUUGAAUUGCGUGGAUAAGUUUGUCAUAGCUUAUCAUCUUUCAAGAGUGUACUUACUGUCGUUCUAUGACUUCUCUUUUCCAUCACUUAAAAGAUGUAUUGCUGAGUCUAAGAUUGUAUGCCCAUUCUAUUUAUCAGUGCAAUUGCAUGUUUGAUUUUUCCCCCAAAUUUCUACUUUGUGUGACCAAAUGUUAAGCUU